AUGGCUCUCAGUCCUCAAGUAACCAACCUGGUCAUCAUCCUCGGGAUGAUGCAAGUCUCCAAGCGUGUUCCUCUUGAGGACCCUAACGUUUUGAUGAUUGUUCGUGGGAUUUAUAUCCUGUCAAACGUCCUCAUCGCUGGCAUUUACGCUUAUACCCAAUACUUGAUCAACAAGAAGAAGGAUAUGACUACUCUUAAGUACGUCGAGCAACCUCAAAUGGGUUCCGCCGAAGAGCCAAAGCUCGUCACCACUACCGUUCACAAAUACGAUAGCGAUCAAAUGAAAGCGCUAUACAAGGCACAAUUGAUGGGUGUUGGAAUGAUGGCCGUUAUGCACUUGUACUUUAAAUACACCAAUCCUCUCAUGAUCCAAUCUAUCAUUCCACUUAAGGGCGCACUCGAAGGCAAUGAGGUCAAGAUCCAUCUUUUCGGGCAACCAGCUUCUGGAGAUUUGAAGAGACCAUUCAAGGCACCAGCUGGUUUGAUGAGCAGCCUUCAAGGAGGAGCUUCCCCAACACAGGAUAAGAAGACUAUUGAGGCAGCUGAGAAGGCAGGUCGUGGAGGUGUCAAGGACGAAUAG